AUUUGCUCUCAACAGCCAAUCUCAAAGCCCUUCUAUUUAGUUGUCCCCAAGCAUCCCCACAACCACUUCCACCUCCAUCAAAAUCCGUCACGACUUUUAUCACCGCGUCCACCGCCGGUGUCAAAGAUACAUCGAUCCCCACAAUAUAUAUCUUGUUUUCUCAAGAAAUUCUUAGCUAAAAUGUCUACCCUUAGAGCAAGAUCCACACCCGCCAAGCAACCAUCCAUAAAAGAUAAAGAAGCCACACCGAUCCCCACCGCCAAUGUCGGCGAGCCGGCAGCGGAUGCCCCGAAAGCCGCUAUACAACGUCAGCCGUCUAUGGCGCGAAACCUUACAAGCACGGCAGCCAACCUAGCGAACCUCCUUCCGACGGGGACCCUCCUCGCCUUCCAACUCCUCACGCCAAUGUUCACCAACAACGGUGCAUGUGACGCCGCCACGCGGCCCAUGACAAUCGGCCUCCUCGUCCUCCUCGCCCUCUCAUGCUUCCUUGCAAGCUUCACCGACAGCGUCAAGGUGUCGGAUGGACAGGUCUACUACGGCCUCACCACCUUCAAAGGGUUGUGGCUGUUCGAUUACCCGGACCCUUCCGGCGCCGGCCUGCCGGAUUUAAGCAAUUUUAAAAUAAGGUUGAUUGAUGGGAUUCAUGCAGUUUUAUCUGUGUUGGUGUUUGGUGCUGUGGCUUUGAGGGAUAGGAAUGUGUUGCAGUGCCUUUAUCCACAGCCUGGGCGUGAGAUUCAGGAGGUUUUGAACAUUGUUCCAGUUGGGGUUGGGCUCAUUUGCAGUCUCUUGUUUAUGGUUUUCCCCACUAGAAGACAUGGCAUUGGGUACCCUGUGACAUCAGGCAAAUGAUUCUUCAUUUUUCAAGUCUUUUGAUUUUCUUUCCCCCAUUCAUUUCUUGUAUAUUUGUUUUGGUUGGGAAAAAAGUGCAAGAAAAACACGAUUAAUUAUUUGGUUCAUCAGCAAGAAAGCAUAAUAAACUAUUAGUUUAAUUAAUUGAAUU